AUGAAUCUAUUUUUAUUUCAUUAUGUACCAAUUUUAUUUUCAAUUAUUUAUCCACUAUUAUUUUAUAUUGGUGUCAUACUAAUUUAUCCAUGUGAAAAUCACUUUAGUUAUACAUCAUUUGUUUGUGGUCAGCCAUGUUAUCAAUUUAAUUUAAUACCAACUUUAGUUGAAUGUUUUCUGAAUUUACUUACACCUGUCUGUAUAACAACAAUUAUUAAUCUAUUAAUAAUUGUACGUAUACUAAUACAAAAACAUCGUAUGAAGCAAGCAUCAACAUGGAAUAAAAAUAAGAAAAUGGUUAUACAACUGUUAUGGAUAUCAAUUUUAUAUAUUUUCACAUGGGUACCAUUGACAAUUUCUCUUUUAUUAAGUAAUUUUGAUUCAACAACAACACCAUGGUUAACUUCAAUAAUUGUGGAUUAUUUGAAUUAUUUAACAUAUUUAGCUGGACUUCUAUGCCCAUUUGUUUGUAUUAUGGCUUUAUCUGAAGUACGGAAGAAAAUAAUGAUAGUUUAUCGCACUACAUACUUUUAUAGAAUAAUUCAGCAACAGCGUGUAGGACCAUCAUUAACGAGAGAUAUAGCAACAGCAAUAACAGUCAACGGCGGUGAUGACGAACGUAGUGAUGGUGGUAUGACCGUAAUGAUGAUGAAACCAAUGAUGGCAACUGUUGUUGCGACUGUCGGCGGCGGUGGCAAUUUUGUGCGACCGACACAAACCGAUGGAUAA